AUGGUUUUUUUAAAUUUAAAAACUUUCUUAUUUUCAUUCAUUGUAUUUUAUACAACUUAUUUAUAUAAUUAUAAAUGUCCAACAUUAUCUCCAUUAGAAAAAGUUGAAAAUAAAGUAUUACAUCCAUUAAGUACUCAACAUUCAACAUUAUGUGAAUUAUUACAUGGUGGAUUAGAUAAAGUUGAUCCUUAUUAUAUUCAAUUAAAUCAAUUUUUAGAUAAUAAUAUUAGAUCACAACCAAUUGUAAAACAAUGGGAAUUAUGUGCAAAAGUUGAAGCUACUAAAUCUCAUUUAAAACAGCAUGUUUAUCCUUUGUUACAUCAAUUAUAUGAAUUUACUGAUGUUGCAGAAACUAGAAUUUAUGAUGAAUUAAAUCAUUAUUAUUUACAAGCUGAACAAUUCGUUUAUGGAAAAUUAAAACAAGAUUAA